GAGUUCGAGCGAUCCAGUUCGGAGGCGAUGAUUUGGCUUCUGUGGAUUUCAGUUUCCAUAAGCGUGGUCUUGCACUGGCUGUACAAAGUCAACAAAGAUUACUGCAUUCUCGCCUUCUUCGCGAGGAGAAUCCGAACUAAGAAUGGAAAGCCGUUGGAGAGCGUAGUUCCCAUUCCCAAGGGUGCUACUAUAUUCCCCAACUGUUUUGAUCUAUUUGGAAAAAACUCCGUUGAAGUUUUCCGUUUCUUGCGCGAGCUGGGAACGAAAUUUAAAGAGAGCUAUGUUUCUUGACUUUGGGUUACAUUGCCUAACAUUACUCUGAUUUCUCUGUUUUAUUACCCUUUUCAGUUGAAGUUUUCCGUUUCUUGCGCGAGCUGGGAACGAAAUUUAAAGAGAGCUAUGUUUCUUACA